AUGCACCCUUUAUCUAUUGUGAUGGCCAUCUGUAUGGUUGUGCCUGCUCUCGCCACUCCUGUUCCCAGCGAAGACUACGACAUCGAUGUCCUUGACAUUGGUGCCAAUGUUCCCCGUGUCAAGCGUGGAGAUUCCCUUGAGGAACUCGGUGUUGGAAGUGGUAGCAUAAGCGCUGCUGACCUGGGGGUCAGUUACAAGCGUGAAGCAGCACCAGAGAAGGACGAUCUUAUCGAUGGGGGUUCCAUCGGCCUUCCUAGUCUACUCACGGUUGGCGCCAAGCGCGAUGCAGCCCCUGAUUCGGAUUCGGAUGUUGGUGCACUUGGUCUUCUUCUAAGCACUGACUAG